GGCAGGUCUCACAUGUCACAUCUGUUUUAGGAAGUGACAGAGUGUCACCCAAUAGCAGGAAACAAACCAUUUCUAUUAAUAUGACAGUACAAGGGGAGUUAUUGGGUGAAAGCUGUUCAUGAGAAGAGUCUAAAUUCUGUAAAAAGAAAGGCUUAAGUCCAAAAAGUAAGACGAGCCAUUCACAAGGGCAGAUGUUUUGUGCUGUGGGGUGAGUUGAUGCACCUGUUCUGAAACUUCACAAUUAUGGAUGGAGUUGUCUCACCCUCAGAAUCAGCAAUGUCUGGAUUCCACUACACGUGUGAGCUGUUGAUUGUACAUUCUUGCGAGGCUCAGGAAUGGGCUACAUAUCUGCAGAAAAUCUUGAAGUCUUCACGCAAGUUUCCCAAGAGGUCUAUCGUAUUGUAUGCAGUUGACCGUGCUGAACAGCUACAUGAAUGCGAAUUUAACAUUUUCUAUAAUAGUAAAUGCAUCGUGCUGCUGCUGACAACAGCAAUCCUGGACAUUCUAAAUGACCCUGAAGUCCUAGGAACUUUUCAGAGACUCCUUCAUCCUCCACACAGAGUGGUGGCGCUGUUGUGUGGGAUGUCGGAGGAUGACAUACCCACUGAAUGGUUUGAAAACUGGCAGCGCUGGAGAAAACUGUAUGCUGAAGACGAACCUGCUCUUUACAUCUCCACCAUUCUGGAAUCCAUCGCUGACUGUAAUGCAGAAGAGGCUGAACAUGAGGCGGAAGCUACACCAAAACCAGAAGCAAAACCAGAAGCAAAAACAGAGUGUGAAAUCCCUGUGGUUAUGAACCCCAAAGCGGAGGGGACAGAGGAAGAGUCCGUGACACAACCAGAGUGUGUCCAGGACGACAAAGACGAUGUGAGAACAGAGAUCCACCCAAACCAGGCAACGAGCCCUACACAUCCCACCUGUCUCACCGUUCAACCAAACAGAGUUUUAUGCGGGGACCAUGCAACUAUUUUUAUCAUCUUUUCUAAUAAACUGGACAACCAGUUGAAAAUGGAGGUGGUGGUUGCCUCUGAUGAUUCAACUGCAAAACGGGUUCUCGGGACUUUGGAGAAUGAAUACACUAUCAGUAUUAAUGCGCCUGAUAUGCCAGCAGGAGAGGUGUCACUCACUCUGUAUAGCAACGACUCACCAGUCUGUUUGAGGCCUGUAACAUACUACACAGCCAUGGGAGAAAUCAGCAGUUACCUUGAACAUGCAGCUGCUCCCCUGAACUUUAUGUGUCAGGCAUUCAAUUUUACAUCCAAUACCACAGAGUCACUUGACAAUUUGCUGACAGACUCAUUACAAUGRAGGAUCCCUGCAAGUGGACUUCAUGUYUUUGGAAUCAGACAGCUAGAGGAAGACAAUAUGGCUGCAUAUCAGCGAAAGGAGGAGCUUCCCACUCUGCUUCAUUUUGCCGCAAAGUAUGGGCUGAAGAAGCUGACAACAGUCCUGCUCCAGUGUCCAGGUGCCUUACAGGCCUACAGCGUGAUGAAUAAGAAUGGAGACUACCCAAAUACACUYGCAGAGAGGAGCGGCUUCUCUGAACUGAGACAGUUCAUAGAUGACUUUGUGGAGACAGCUGACACGGCUGAAGAAGAUGAGGAGGUGUACGAGUCCAUGUCCAACUCCUCUCAAGACGUCAUGAACGACUGCCUAAACCCUGGGUGUCAAGAAGACAUCUAUGAGACCAUGAUCGGGUUAAACCCUGACUCCAUGGAAGACCUAUAUGAGGACAUGGAGAAGGCAUUAGGAGAGUCUCAUAACCCGGAGGAAGUCAUACUUAGAACAUUUUUUCAAGGUAAACCUGAUGCAGGUGUGCCCCAAGUUGGGGAGCAUACAACUAAUGAAGAGGCGGGAGACCAGGUGGAAGAACCAGAGGAGUUUGAGGAAGAAGAACUUUACAAUAUGUGUAUUUCUGAUCAAAUCUAUGACACGGUGGACGAGAAUGCAAGCUACCUCCCGGAAAUUGUCAACCGUCCACCAGCCCCCGUUCCGAGACCUGUAACAUUUUCAGAGCCUGUAAGACCUGUAACAUUUUCAGAGCCGGAGGAGUCCAAGACCUACAUCUCAAGAGUGUUUUCAGCAAAAGAAGAAUCAAAUCCACAGAUGGACCUCAGAGAAACAGAGUCAUCCACUGUGAGGCCUGUGAGAGAUGGAGCCUCCACCUCCUCUUCCCACGACCCCUAUGCUGAGGUGAAGACCCAAGGCCAGAGGCAGCUCAUAGCCUUGCAGGAGAAGGUGAAGGUGGGGGUCCUGACUGUGGAUGAUGCUGUCAAGGAAUUCAAGACCUGGCAGUUUGAUGAGAAUAGGAGAUCUCAGUCUCUGCGUAAUCAACAGGAAAAUUUGAAGAGAUUACGAGGCAGCAUUACCAGACGCCACAAAGAGAGGGAGAAGAUUGGGAAGGAGAUCGGUCUGGAGAUAACCGCCCCACUGCAGAGGAACCUUCCCUGGAGCUCCAACACGGCUGUGGAGUGUUCUGUGUACGAGCCCACCCCACGGGUCAUUGCCCAACCCCCUCCUGUGACACGGUCAAGCCAGAGAAGCACCUGGAAGACUGGCAGUACCUCCAGCACAUCCAGUAGUGGCAGUAACAGACUCAGCACACAUAGUACGAUUAGCUACAGCAGCGGAACUGAGCCUGACUUUGAGGACACAGCAGACUUCUUCCCUCUACCCCCACGGCCCGCUGAGGCCGCACCUCUACCUCCUCCCCCCAGAAUCCCACCACGACUCCCAGACAGGGCUGCGGAGAGUUUGCUGGAGGAGCGUUACGUAUCAUACCCCUCUCGAGCUCUCCCUCAGAGACCAUCUCAGAGGACCACCUCUCCACCUCUCAUACCCCGGAGAACACGAUGACACACAGCUCCGCUGUUAUAGCAUUUUAAAUGACUGCCCUCUAAAAUAUCUAUCAAGAACAAAUCAAGCAGUGUUACUUACAGUAUUCAUACCCCUUGACUUAUUCCACAUGUUGUUGUUACAGCCUGAAUUCAAAAUUGAUACAAAUAUUUU